AUGGGAAAAACUUGGGAGGAAAACUUGGGGGGAAGAAAAGGGAGAUCUGUCAGGCUCAAUAUUACCAUUCGUCUUUUUCAGUCCUCCUCAACCUCUUCGAAAGACGACGAAAUUUGUGUUGUUUACCACACAAAAAAAGACGUUAAAAAGAAGGAAGAAGAAGAGGUUGUGUUUAUUGGAGAAAAUAAAAUUGAAAAAGUAAAGGGAGAAGAGGAGGUUUUGUUGAGAGGAAUGGCAACACAAGCAUUGUUACGGGAAGCUAAUCGUUCUGCACUGAGGGCGAAAGAAUAUGGGCCUCAAGGAUGGUUAAAACCUCGCGCUUUAACUACAAAUAAGCGUUUUCUGGCAAGAACGUUACAAUCUGUUGAACUUGACAGAAAGGAGUUUGAACAAAAGAGGAAAAUGUUGACAGAAAAAAGAAGGGCUGCUGAACGAUAG